AUGUGUCAUCGUGGAAAAGUAGAUGUUGGGGUCUCGGCAGCCACCAGGAUAGACCUCCCCGGUCAGCUCAUCUGCCUAGUUAUCUUCGCGUUCUUUAUAAUCAUCCUCAACUUCGACUUCGUCUUCGUCGUCACUGUCAUUGCGAUGGACGGCUGCGUAUUCGAUGUGCUGGAGGAGAAGACGGAAAGGAAAUUAGGGAGCCGUUUGGGAGAUAGAAGGGCAACGAAGAACACCGUUCACAACCUGAAGACCACCGGCACAGUUGUCACAUGUGGCGCAGUGGUUAGGGGUUUCGAGGUAGUCCUGUGGAGGGCGAAUCGGAAUCGUUUAUGGCAAACGUCCCAUAGAGGGUGGCUUUCCGUGGUCUGA